CUCUGCUGGCAGACGGACUCACAGAUAAAGGAUCAUCCCAUGGAAUAAAACACGUAUCCUGUAUAUCAGUUUGAGGUUGAAUUAAUCUUUAUUUCAUUUAAUUUGACCUCUAAACAAACUUGUUUUUUGUUUUUCCAAGAACUGAAACGGCCUAGCCAUGCUUCCCUUCUCUGUUGUCCUUUUCCUGCUGUGUGCCACCCCUCUUCCCACCCCCUCUGUGGCCCUGCCCUUUGAGCAGAAGGGCUUAUUGGACUUUGGGAAGAGCAUCGAUGUAGAGGGGCUGAUGAUGAUGAUGAACGAUGAAGAGGAAGGCUCAGCGGUUGAGGAAUACUAUAAACCAGAAUACUAUAAACCAGAACAGCCUACUUGCCCAUUCGGCUGUCAGUGUAACCAGAAUGUUGUGCAGUGCUCUGACUUGGGUUUACACUAUGUGCCAUAUGACAUCCCCCCGGAGACCAGGCUCCUGGACCUUCAAAGCAACCAGAUCACUGAGAUAAGAGAGGAUGACUUCAAGGGACUCAGUAACCUCUAUGCUCUAGUGUUGGUGAAUAACAAGAUCUCCAGGGUGCACCCGCGGGCCUUCAUGCCCCUCAAAAGGAUGCACAAGCUCUACUUCUCCCACAACCAGCUGACAGCCGUACCCAAGAACCUGCCCUCUUCCCUGGUGGAGCUGCGCAUCCACGACAACCACAUCAAGAGGGUGGCGGCCGGGGCUUUCUCUGGCCUGGGCAGCAUGAACUGCAUUGAGAUGGGGAGGAAUCCUAUUCAGAACAGUGGUUUGGAGCCCGGAGCCUUUGAUGGACUCAAACUUACCUUCCUUCGUAUUUCUGAGGCAAAACUCACAGGCAUCCCUAAAGAUCUCCCUGAGGGUCUACAUGAGUUGCAUUUGGAUCACAAUCAAAUUCAAGCCAUUGAACUAGAAGACCUAAGACAAUAUGAGAGUUUGCACAGGUUGGGUCUAGGCUACAAUCAUAUUCACCUCAUUGAGCAUGGCAGCCUGUACUACCUGCAAAACCUGAGAGAGCUGCACCUAGAGAACAACCGGAUCUCCAAUGUCCCUGGAGGCCUUGCUGGAAUGAAGUAUCUGCAGGUGGUCUACCUUCACUCCAACAACAUCAGCCAGGUUGACGUGAAUGACUUCUGCCCUAACGGCUUUGGUGUCAAGAAUACUUAUUACAACGGGAUCAGUCUCUUUGAUAACCCAAUCAACUACUGGGAGGUGGUGCCGGCCACCUUCCGCUGUGUCAGCAACAGGAUGGCUGUACAGUUUGGCAACCACAAAAAGUAGUGCAUGAGAGGCACCAGCUGCAGAGGAAUACAUGCAACUCAGAUACAAAAUAACUAACUUUGUAACACAGUUAAAAAACAAUUCAUUGAUAGAAAGAGCCUGAUGUAUGGUAAACGAUAGAUAACUAAAACAUAACUGAAGUCUGUUUUGCAUGCAUGGAGUGGGUGAUAUUGUAUGUUGGAAAGAAAUUGGUCAUCCAUAUCAUAUCAAUCAAAUUUAAUUUCAAUAAGAAAAAAAGAAAAAAAGUAUGUUACCUUCAAUUAAGCUGGUCCAUAGCAAUUUGGGAUUCUCUGUGAUUUUGUUUGUUUGUUUUUGUUUUAUCUCAACUGACCUGACAACUGAUCUCAAAUUCUGGAUAUAGAAGAACAAUACAAGCUGACAGUUGAAAGCACCUUCAGAAGAAUUGAUCAGCUUUAUAAAUGUUGUUGAAAAAAAUGUGUUGUCAUGAUGUGUUUGCAUUCUGUAUGGAGUUG